AUUGAAUGAAUACAAACAAAAAACACGUGCUAGUGCUCCUCCUCCUCCUCCUCCUCCUCCUCCUCCGCAUCACCGGAUUUUCCUCUUCCUCCCCCGUGAAAACUGCAUUUAUUUUCCUAUCUUCCAGAUUCCCCCCCCCUAACCCUAAAUUCUCUCGCUCCACUUUCCUCUUUCACUUUUUGUAAUAAUUAAAAAAAAAAAAAAAAGUCCUCCAUUGAUGUCUUCUUCGUUUACUCGAUAAAAUCUUUCAAUUUCAAAUUUUUAUCUUCUCUCUCUCCGGGUCGGUGAGUCAACCCGAAUCUAGAUCAAAUUUUGAAUUUUUAAAUUUUUUUUUAUUAUCAGCUUCUCACAAAAACUUUUUUUUUUUUUUUUAAUCUGAACUUUGUUCUGCAUCUGUAGUAAUCGAAUUCAAAACAGAGCAAAGUUUGUAAUUAUCCUAGAAAAGUUCGGUUUUUUCGAUAUCUUGGUUCGUAUAAAGAAAAGGGUAGCUCUCAGAAUCUUUGAAUUCGUUGAAAGGUUUAUCAUUUUUUCUUCUGGAUAUAAUGGGGGCGGUGACGUCAUCAAUGGCGGCGAAGUUUGCGUUCUUCCCGCCAAAUCCGCCGUCGUACGGCGUAGAGGUGGUGGGAGGAGAGCUGAAGCUGGUUGGUGUGGAGAACGUGAAGGAGAACGUUGAAGUAUUGAAGCUGAAGACGAAGAGAGGGAAUCAGGUGGUUGCGGCGUAUAUUAAGAACCCUACAGCUUCACUUACGCUUCUGUAUUCUCAUGGUAACGCAGCUGAUCUUGGUCAGAUGUUUGAGCUUUUCUCUGAGCUCAGCCUUCAUCUUCGUGUCAACUUAAUUGGGUAUGAUUAUUCGGGUUAUGGGAGGUCUUCAGGGAAGCCUAGUGAGCAGAACACGUAUUGCGAUAUAGAAUCAGUAUAUAGAUGUUUGGAAGAGAAAUAUGGUGUGAAGGAACAAGAUGUUAUCUUAUAUGGACAAUCUGUAGGAAGCGGUCCGACAUUAGAAUUGGCUUCUCGUUUGCCAAACCUACGAGCUGUUGUUCUUCAUAGUGCUAUUGCGUCUGGUCUUAGAGUCAUGUACCCUGUCAAACGAACUUACUGGUUUGACAUUUACAAGAAUAUUGAGAAGAUAUCUUUUGUCAAAUGUCCGGUUUUGGUAAUUCACGGAACAUCAGAUGAUGUUGUUAAUUGGUCUCAUGGGAAGCAAUUGUUUGAUCUGUGUAAAGAAAAAUAUGAACCGCUUUGGAUCAAAGGAGGAAACCACUGUGACUUGGAGCUAUACCCGCAAUACAUAAAACAUUUAAGGAAAUUUGUGUCGGCAAUUGAGAAAUCACCUCAUCUUAGAAACGGAAACGGACCUGUGCCACAAACAGAGAAGGCGAGGAGCAGUACUGAUAUUAGAGAACCUGCAAGACCGAGCACAGAUCAAAGAGAGAAAUCAAGAACAAGCAUGGACCAAAGAGAGAUGCCGAAGUUGAGUACAGAUAAAGCGAGGGCUAGCGUUGAUAAGAGAGAAAGAACGAGAAAAAGCGUUGAUGGGUCUCAGAAACCGAGUAAUUCCACGGAACUGCAGCUACAACCAGAGAAAGGGAGGAAUAGCAUUGACAGGUUUGGGGAGAUGAUAAGAUCAGUAGGAUUUUGCAACAUAGACUGUUUCAAGCCUACAACAACAACCAAGUGAGGUGAAAGAAGAAACAUGAACACACAUAGACACUCACUCACACAUGGAUUCAAAACAUCUAAUUAUAAUUGUUUGAUGGUUUGUUAUCUCUUUGCCACUUACUUCCUCUUGUGUUUUGAAAUUUAACAAGUCCUGCUGGAUUUCAAAAGCUUGAUUUUGGUUACAACAAAUCAGAAUAUGCUACGCGUACUUGACACUUAA